AGCUCCAUGCUCGACGACUUUGCUGCGCUCCUUGCCCAAUAAUCGCCCGGCUGCUGACCUCAAUCGCUCUAGGUAUUAUAUUAUAUCAUACCUGCCAAUCAUACUUAUUACCAUUACCCGUUACCACCCCCGUUGAAACCCCAACCCUCGUCCAACCCCCCCAGACCCACGGGGCCAAACUCACAGGAACCACUCAAUAUUACCACCAAUCUACCCAUUUACCAUCUGCCAUUUUCGCCGAUUUGCGUUUGGUCUCCCGUUCUUCGCCGUUCCACAUGGCUUCCGGUUCUGCUUCGGGUGCAGGCUCGUCUCCCCUGGGCCCGGCUGCGGCUGCGGCUGCUGCUGCUGCUACUCGUGCUGCCAUUCAUAUACCCCCGAAUCCCCCUCGCUGCUCCUCCUCCUCCAACCCAGUCCCGCCCACCCUCGCCGCCUUCUCCGACUUCUCCGACUUUGCCAGACAGCUGCAGGCUAAGCAACAGCAUUCCAACUACCACUCCUCCUCGCUGUCCACCUCGCUCAAAGACAUGGUUGCCGCUUCGGUAAACCGCACCUCGCUGCAUCCCUCGGGUGUCCAGCCUGGCGUGGGACACACAGAACUCGAGGAAGAACUCCAUGAAACUGCCCACAUCGACUACGAGCGGGUAUCAAUUAUCGCCAAUCCAGCUGUCCCCUCCCUCUACGAAGAUGCGUUGGUCUACGAAACAGGCACCGCCAUCACCUCUACCGGUGCCCUGACUGCCUACUCGGGUGCAAAGACUGGCAGAUCGCCGCUCGACAAGCGAAUUGUAAAGGAGCCCUCGUCCGAGAAUGAAGUCUGGUGGGGGCCUGUAAACAAGCCCAUGUCGCCUGAGGUCUGGAGAAUCAACAGAGAACGCGCUGUCGACUAUCUCAACACCAGAAACCGCAUCUAUGUCAUCGAUGGCUUUGCCGGCUGGGACGAGCGCUACAGAAUCAGCGUCAGGGUCGUCUGCGCCCGUGCCUACCAUGCCCUCUUCAUGCGCAACAUGCUCAUCCGGCCCUCGAGCGAGGAGCUUAAGUCCUUCCAUCCGGACUAUGUCAUCUACAAUGCUGGCUCCUUCCCCGCCAACAGAUGGACUGAGGGAAUGACCUCCGCCACGUCUAUCGCCAUCAACUUUGCCGAAAAGGAGAUGGUCAUCCUCGGCACUGAGUAUGCUGGCGAGAUGAAGAAGGGCGUCUUCACCGUGCUGUUCUACGAAAUGCCCGUCAAGCACAAUGUGCUCACCUUGCACUCGUCCGCCAACCAGGGCCCGGACGGCGAUGUCACUGUUUUCUUCGGCCUUUCUGGCACUGGCAAAACGACCCUGUCGGCCGAUCCUAAGCGAGCAUUGAUUGGAGAUGACGAGCACUGCUGGACUGACCGUGGUGUCUUCAACAUUGAAGGAGGGUGCUACGCCAAGUGCAUCGGUUUGUCCGCAGAGAAGGAGCCUGAUAUUUUCAAUGCAAUCCGCUUCGGAGCCGUAUUGGAGAACGUCGUCUUCGAUCCCACUACCAGAGUCGUUGACUAUGACGAUUCAACUCUCACCGAGAACACCCGAUGCGCCUACCCAAUCGAAUACAUUGAUAAUGCCAAAAUCCCCUGCAUCGCUGAAGCCCACCCCAAGAACAUCAUCCUCCUCACAUGUGACGCCCGCGGCGUCCUCCCACCCAUCUCCAAACUCACCACCGAACAAACCAUGUUCCACUUUAUCUCCGGUUACACUUCCAAGAUGGCCGGCACCGAGGACGGCGUCACUGAGCCCCAGGCCACGUUUUCCUCCUGUUUCGCCCAACCCUUCCUCGCACUCCACCCCAUGCGCUACGCCCGCAUGCUUGCCGAUAAAAUCUCCCAACACAAAGCCAACGCCUGGCUGCUCAACACUGGUUGGGUCGGCGCCGGUGCCACCACGGGCGGCAAACGCUGCCCGCUCAAAUACACCCGUGCCAUCCUCGACGCCAUCCACAGCGGCGAGCUCGCCAAAGCAGAGUACGAAGUCUACGAUGUCUUCAACCUCUUCGUCCCCAAGUCCUGCCCGGGCGUGCCCAGCGAGCUCCUCAACCCGAAGACAAGCUGGACCGCCUCCACCCCCUUCGAGAACGAGGUCAACAAACUCGCCGUGCUGUUCAAUGAGAACUUCAAGAAGUAUUCCGAUGAGGCUACCAAGGAGGUCCUUGCGGCUGCACCUGUCGUGUCUGGUAGCGGUGCUGCUGCUGCUGCUGGGGUAAAUGGCACCAAGCCCUCGACGAACGGGGCUUCGGCUUGACUAGCGCCAGGAGCAUCGAGGCGGGCGGUGUUUAAGCAGAGGCUGCGGAAGGUGUUCCGCUCGGAACGGCCAUCCCAAGCCAAAGCAAAAGCCACAAGAGGGAAAGAGUGAAAAGGGAAAAAAGAGACAAAUGUAAAAAAAAAAAAGAAAUGAAAGAAAGGGGAAAAAAAAAGAAAAUAAGAAUACAUUUCGUGAAAAUCUGUUUUCUUCUCUUGUCUUUUCUUUUUUCAUUGCGAUGAUAAGCGCUGAA